CUGAUCAGCCACCGCAAACGUCUCGCAAACUGACCAACCGGAGGAGCAACACCAAGCACCAAAAAACCUGGGAAAGACACAGUUCGUUUCUCCCCACAAAUUUCCCAUUGCUCUUUUCACAAGCAAGCAAGCAACCACAACAAACAACAAUAAUGACAGCUAGCAUGCUCAUCUACCCCGCAGUGGAACCAAUGUCUCUGCAUUUUUCCAACAGUAUUAGCACCAGCGAUGAGGGUUUGUUUGACUUUGACCCUCUUCCGUUGGAUGCUUCGGAUAAUGGCUCCUCUUCGGACCUCCGCAUCUUCACUGAUCUCUUCCUGCUGAACGACGAUACUUGCAAGUCCUCCACACGCAAGCGUCCUCGUCGAGUCUCUUUCCAGGAAGAGCCCACAGAGGUCAUCAACGUGCCUUCCUUUGCCAAUUUGGCGGAAGAGGAACGAAGAGGACUCUGGUACCGCCACGGAGAAAUUGAACGCUUCCGUUCGGUGGCUCGCCAUGCCUGUCGCGCACUCCGCAAGAAUCCCGCGGCGUACCCUGCCGAUAUCACGCGAGGAUUGGAGCUCCGAACGUCCUUGGACCGUCAAUACCGCAAGCAUUUGGCACUGGCGGCCAUUAUCAAGGCGCAAGUCCGAUACCCACAGAUUGAUCCUCUCCAUUUGGCCGCCAUUGCCAACCGCUGCACCGAGUUGCCUCGUCAGGAGGCAGUGGAGCAGGGUACAAGAGACUUUUGCGAUGCCUACUUUUCCAAUAACAACAACGACAUGGGCAUUAUCGCCGCACCAGCAGUCACCAACAUUCCCCUGUCCUCCGCACCUCCGACACCCGCAGCUCCACUGCGAUGCUUGUCUCGUCUCAACAAGAGACACCCCUCGAUGCUCUCGAGUAGUGAGUCCUUUCAAGAGGCUCCCGUUGCCAAGCGACGACGAUGCAUUCCUUCCAACAGUCUGCCCACUACCAUUUUCUUCUAUUGAACAACAUGUACAAAAUAGCUAAUUACUCAGCUAACCUCCUAGCUGUCCCAAUUAGACUUUCCUACUGCUACGGUAGCCUCUAAAAAUUUUCUAGCUAGACAAUUCAAACAUUAUUAAGCAGAUA